AUGGCAAGCAAGUCCAAAGUGGUGAAGUUGAGAAGAAACGAGCGAAGACAAGAGCGAAGAAGAGACGAGUGCCGCAUCUUCCAAAUGCCGAGUCUCGCGAUUGAAUCCUGCGCCCGGAAUUUCUUUGGGCUUUGCCAAUACUUUGCACCCGCCUUCUUCAAGCGUAGCAGGCUCAGAAUUCGGGAACCUGGCCACAGUGCGGCCGAUUUCGCUACUCUUCCAGCGUCUCAGAGGUCGAAUCCUCCGGUGCUGAAGUCCGAAAAUCGUCAAUCGAGCACCACCGUCUGUCGUCUGCGGGACUUCCAAAACACCUACCACAUCAAGACCCAUAUGAUCGGUCCUUCACCCGCCAAUAUGGCAGAUCAUGGAACAGAGGCUGAAGCUGAAACGGACACAUCAGUCAAACCAGUCGGCCCAGAAGGCUCAUCAACCGCACAACUACUCGAACAAAGAUCCCUGGAAAUCAUCAACUCCGUAAACACUCGAACCUUUGAGAUACUCUUCAAACAUGCCUCACCAACCUUCGUCGACUCCCGUCCGCUGGGUGAUGGCGAGGUAGCCAGUCACAGCUCGGUCGAUGCUGUCCAUUUCAUGAGGCAGUUUUCUGCUGACCAUCCGGAAUACCGCAUUGAAGUCUUGAACACACUUGUCGAUGUCAACGAGGACGAAACAUACGGUACUGUGUGGAUCAGUGUCUUAAGAACUGGUGUUCCCAAUGGAACGAAGAUGGAAAAUGUGCUGAGGUUUCGUUGGCGACAGACCAAGAAUGGAUGGCAGUGUAUCAAGCAUAGCAUGCUGAGCCCUUCGCCGCAGCUUAGUGGAUUGUGA